AGUUUCGGGAAAGGGAGUUAGUUAUCAGGAAGGGUUAGCAGCCGCCGAGGAAGGUCUCGGUGUCUUCAGUUUAGAAAGUUGACAUUAAAUUUCUCUACGUUGUAAGCCGGUUUGGACAGAGGAAUAUAUUUGGGAGCUGUUUUCGAAUCAAACCGAUUAGAAGGUAUUCACGAAAAACGCCGAGAAAAGCAGAAACUCCGUCGACACGUCUCAACUAAUGUACCACUAAACGAAAGGAAGUAACUUGCCAUCCUGGCGGAGUUUGUUUGAAUCUGAAUGACAUCUUCAUUCGUGAUGGAGUUGAGCAGGCAACUCUGUAUGAAGAUGAGGAAAAAUAAGAAGACCCAGUUUUCCUCCCUUCCUGCUUCCACGUUGGGCCUGGAAAUCCACUUCUAUGAUCCAGAAAUACGCCACCUGGAGUAUAUCAAAGGAUCCUUCACAGCUGAAGAACUAUGUGUGACUGCUGCCAAGAAGUGCUCUAUUUCUCCAUUGUGCCAUAACUUGUUUGCCCUUUACAAUGAUGCAACUGGCACCUGGUAUUCUCCAAGCCACGAGUUCAAGGUCACAGAGGACUCCGGUAUCAAGUUGCACUAUCGCAUGAGGUUUUACUUCAAGAACUGGCACGGCACCAUAGAGGGAGAAUCACCAGUUUGGAGACACUGCCUCAGUAAACUCAGAAACCAGAGCCCACAGAAAAUUCCAGAGGGAACACCGCUGCUUGACAUUGGUUCCCUUGAAUACCUUUUUUCCCAGUGCCAGCAUGACUUUCAGACAGGCAGGGUUCCUCUGAGGACGGCGCAGUCAGAAGCCGAGCAACACGAGAUAGAAAAUGAAUGCUUGGGCAUGGCUGUGCUUGCUAUUACUCAUUAUGCCAAGUACAAGGAAAUACCAUUUUCAACAGCUUCCCGUGAGAUGAGUUACAAGCGUUUUAUCCCAGAGUCACUGAACGCCAACAUAAAGCAGCGCAACUUUUUGACGCGAAUUCGCAUCAGCAAUGUCUUCAAGAAAUUCCUCGCCGAAUUCAACACCCAAACUGUUGGAGAAAGCAACAUCACCUGCUAUGAUCUGAAGAUCAAAUAUCUGGCCACUAUGGAGGGGUUGACCAGCAAAUUAGGCAGCGAACUCUUCGAGCCCACCUCCCUCAGUGUGAUACAAGAAAAGGAGGUCCUGACUGGAGGUUACUAUGGUAACUAUAACCAGGGCCAGGUGCAGAUUAAAGGUCAGAACCAGAACUUUGAGGCAAGCCAGGGCAUGCAAGUCCUGAUCACUGGCACCACUGGGAUUUCUUGGAGGCAAAAACCAGCUCCAGUUCCUUCGACGCUAAAAGAUAAGAGCAAGUUGAAGAAAAGCAAGCAGGAUGAAAAACAGAAGAAUGGCAGGAAUAAGGAGCUGAAUGACGGCUGGGUGCUCUUCUGUGAUUUCCAUGAGAUCACACACACGAUCAUCAAAGAGACAACCGUCACAAUCAUGAGACAGGACAACAAGAAAAUGGAACUCCAACUGCUCUCAAGAGAGGAGGCCCUAUCCUUUGCGGCCCUUGUUGAUGGUUAUUUUAGGUUAAUUGUGGAUGCCCACCAUUACCUGUGCAAGGAGGUGGCCCCUGCUUCAGUGGUGCACAAUAUCGAGAACGGCUGUCAUGGACCUAUCUGUACGGAGUAUGCCACCCAAAAGCUGCGUCAGGAGGGCAAUGAGGAAGGAACCUACAUACUGCGCUGGAGCUGUACGGACUACAACUUCAUAAUCAUCACUGUGGUCUGUUUAGAGACUCCCACCUUUAAUGGCUCCAGUAAGAUCCGCCAGUAUAAGAACUUCCAGAUUGAGGUGGAAUCCGACAGUUACCGCCUGUUUGGAACCGACACAUCACGACCCACCUUAAAGGAGCUGCUGGACCAUCUGGAACGCCAGAAUCUUCACACUGACAACGUGCAGUUCCAGCUAAAACGCUGCUGCCCUCCACAGCCUAGAGAAAUAUCGAACCUUCUUGUGGUUACCAAGGAGAGAGCCCAAACCUGUCAGCCACCGAAGCAUGAGAGGGAGCUCUGCAUCUUCCACCGCAUUCCUAAGGAGGACAUAGAGCAGGAGGAGCACCUCGGCGUUGGAACAAAAACCAACAUAUACCUGGGCACACUGAGAGUCAAGAACGAGGAAGAUGAAGAUGCAGGCUACACGUCUUUUCAGGAAGUCAAGGUGGUCCUGAAGGUGCUCGGUUCUGGACACAGGGAUAUCUCUUUGGCCUUCUUCGAAACGGCCAACAUGAUGCGACAGGUGUCUCAUAAACACAUCGCACUGCUCUACGGAGUGUGUGUCCGUCAUCAGGAGAACAUUAUGGUUGAAGAGUAUGUCCAGCAAGGACCACUGGAUGUGUUUAUAAGGAGACAGCAGAGUCCACUGAGCACAAGAUGGAAGUUCCAGGUGGCCAAACAGUUGGCCUCAGCUCUUAGCUACUUGGAAGACAAAAAGCUGGUCCAUGGCUUUGUCUGUGCUAAGAACAUUUUACUGGCCAGAGAUGGACUGGAUGAAGAGGAGGGAGAGCCCUUCAUCAAGCUCAGCGACCCAGGAAUACCAAUAACAGUGCUCUCCAGGGAGGAAUGUGUGCAUCGCAUCCCAUGGAUCGCCCCUGAAUGCGUGAAGAGCACAUCAGCCCUGAGUGUGGCUGCUGACAAGUGGGGAUUUGGAACCACCCUGUGGGAGAUCUGUUAUGAUGGAGAGGUUCCACUCAAAGAGAAGAAACUAACAGAGAAGGAGAGGUUCUACGAAGCAGAAUUCCAGCUCGCCACCCCUGAUUACAAGGAGCUUGCUGAACUCAUGACCCGCUGCAUGAACUAUGACCCCAAGAAGAGACCCUUCUUCAGGGCUAUUGUCAGAGACUUGGAUGAACUAGAGGAAAAAAAUCCAUCCAUCAAACCACAUCCUGCCGUAGAAGUGGACCCGACCGUGUUUGAAAACAGAUUCCUGAGGAGGAUCAGAGAUCUUGGAGAGGGUCACUUUGGUAAAGUGGAGCUGUGUCGCUAUGACCCUCGGGGAGACAGAACAGGUGAACUGGUGGCUGUAAAGUCACUGAAGCCUGAGAACGGUGAGGAGCAGAGCAGCAACCUCCUCAAGGAGAUUGAAAUCCUGAAGGCACUUUACCAUGACAACAUCGUCAAAUACAAGGGCAUCAGUGAAGAAGAAGGUGGGAAGGCUAUAAAGCUGAUCAUGGAGUAUCUUCCAUUGGGCAGUUUAAAGGAUUAUCUUCCCAGGAACAAGAGCAAGACCAGCCUUAACGAUCUGCUCAGCUACUCUAUCCAGAUAUGUCGGGGAAUGGAUUAUUUGGGAUCCCGAAAUUACAUACACCGCGAUCUGGCUGCACGAAACGUGCUGGUGGAGAAAGAGGGCUCGGUGAAGAUUGGCGACUUCGGCCUCACCAAGAGCCUCAAGGAAAAUGAUGGAUAUUACAAAGUCAACGACGACCAUGACAGCCCUGUUUUCUGGUAUGCACUGGAGUGCCUGACUGACAGCAAGUUUUACCUGGCUUCAGACGUCUGGUCCUUUGGAGUGACCAUGUAUGAGAUCAUCACCUACUGCGAAUCCUCCAAGAGUCCGAUGACGCGCUUCAUGUAUAUGAUCGGGCGAACUCAUGGGCAGAUGACCAUCCUCCGCUUGGUGAACAUUUUGAAGGAGGGAAAGAGACUUCCUCGUCCUGAAUCCUGCCCUGAGCCUGUGUACGAGCUGAUGCGAAAGUGCUGGGAGGCGGCUCCGGACAAGAGAAUCACCUUCAAGCGUCUGAUCGAGGAGCUGACCAUCCUGCAGCAGUUCUUUCAGCAGAAGAACAGCCUGUAAGUCUCCUGCUGCCAAAGGCGCUGGGGGGUGAAGUUUCAGCAGCCGGCGUGGGACCAGGAGGAGGCCCCCCCCCCACCCCAAGUUGGUCUCAGACCAGCAGCUGCAUGUUCAUUUUCAGCAAAGAGAAAAUAUAACCGGCUCCUCCAUCAUACUCGCAUAUAAACCUUCCACCUGGUGGCAAAUCCGGCCAAACCCUCACUGUAGAUUCCUUUCAUUAUAAACCUGAUAUCUCUUCUUGUGAUGAACAUUUAUGAUAUAUUGAAUUUGACUUAUAUUCCACAUAGAAUUGUUGCUUUUUGACGAAAUCUGAAACUUGUGAGAUGUAGCGGAGCUGUGAGAGUCAUAAGGAGCAGUGUCUGACUGCAUAAAAGAAUGCUUUCUGUUUUCUUUUUACGGUUUGUGCUGCAGCUGCAUCAUGUUAACGAAAGUUAUCACCCUACCUGUGAUGUGGACUUCUGCUGCUGCUCGUUCAAGGACUUCUUUUUGAGAGAGAAAUGGCACGAUCAUGGUGUUUUUAUCGGUUUACAGAGAAUUGAUGUUCCAGAUGUGCUAAUGCAGCUGAAAGGGGGAUUUAAUAUGAGCCAGUGAUAAAUCUGUUGUAGGAUAUCCAGCUUAAGCAGAAGAAUCAGCUGCCUAAUCAGGAUUUCCUUUGGAAAACAUAAAUCAGAAGGCUUUGAAGUUCAUUCAUCUUGGUUAUUGAAAAUGUUUAUCGUCUAACUUUAUGGAAGACGCAAAGAAAUCAUCCUUCGCAUCAAAUGUUUAAACUGCGUUUGCACAUGAGGUAGUUCUUUCUGUUUAUUGUGCACUUGAUAAAUGGUCCCAACUUGCAGGAAGUUUUUAGGAAAAGUGUUUCUAAGAGAGACACUUGGUGGCGGCAAAGCUUCAGUUUUCCUUGGAGCUUUGCAAUCUGCACGUUCAGGUCUGUCAGACUGUUAUGCCUGUAAAUGUUAGCCUGAUGCAGAGCCACAGCUACAGAUGUCAACAGGACAUGGAUGGCCUGGAUUUGUCCAGAGCGCCCAGACGUCUUGCAUACCUUAAAAAAAAAAAACAACAGUUAUGUAUGUAACAUGUAAUGUUUAAGCAUUUAAUUUUUAUUUUUUACUCUUACAAUAUUUCAGAAUUAUAUAAAGUAUUUUAUCCACAUAUGUGAAAUUGCUUGGAGCUGAAGGGACUUUUUCUGCUCUUGAAUCCCCCCAUGGGUUAGUCUGACAUGGAGACACACGUUAAGGAUCACACACAGUGACAUUGCGCUUUAAUCCUCAUUUUAUUUAGGAAUGUAAAAGGCAAAUCCUUCUGCUCUAAGAAACAAAAAAAAAAAAAAGUAUAAUUUUUCCAAAAAAA